GAAGAACCUCUUAAAACCCAAUAUAAGUUCAUAAAAAAGAUUAUUUAUUGGGCCAUUUGGGCCCACUUUCGUAAGCCCAUCUAUGCACCAGAUAUAAUCUGUGGAAAUCAUUGACCAAUCAUAGGUGUCGACUCCUCACUCCACUCUACGCCGCUUAAUGGUUAACACCGCCGUACCUGAAGAAGGAAAAGUGGCGAAUCCGCCGCCGCCUCUACCGUUGCUCCGGGAACUAAUGGCCGAGAUCCACCGCCUUCCGCUCGACGCCGCGGCUUCCCCGCCUCAAAAGGUCCCCUGGCCGAUGGUAUCCAUCAGAAACCACCAGGACGACGAUGACGGCGGCGGCAGCUAUCCCCCGAUCAUCUUCCCGCCCAUCAACCACGAAAACCUUCAAAUUCACACAGAAAAAUCUCCGAUUUCUCAGAAACUCCUCCAAAUCAGUGCCGAUUGCCGGCAGCCAUCAUUUUCGGAUUAUGAUUCGCACUCAGAUUCCGAUUCGAGCUCCUCGUCGUCGGAAUUCUCGCCAUCGUAUUCGAGCCCAUCCUCGCCUUCACCUUUGCCGGGUUUCUCAGAUCUCGCGCCGGCGUCGGCAGCUGUCUCCCCCGGACGGUGGAUCGAUUCGUGGUCGGAGACGCUACGUGCCAAGGGUAACAGCAUCGUGCGGAUAAUCUGGACCAACUUGCUUGGUUCCUCGCGAGGGACAGUGUUGGCUUUUCGCUCCGCCGCCUUGGCGGCCGCCCUGUUUGCGUUCCUGUACUUCCGGCGGCGGAGGACGGAUGGGAACAGUUUACGGCUCGUCGGCAUAAUCAAGGAGAAAGAUGAGAAAAUCAAUCAGCUGUUGGAUCAAAUAUCACGGAUGAAUCAAAUUCUGCUGGCACUUCAUAACAAAGUUCCGAAUGGCUCCACCCGUUGAGCCAAAUCUACACGAUGAUGUGAGCUGCUAUUAGAAAUUUAGAAUAUUGUUGCUUUGCGAUGAUUGAAACAGAACACCUUCUAAGGUAGUCAUAGUAGUAGACUUGUUAUACUUGAAUUGAAGUAUUCAUUUGUACAAAAAGUUGUUUGUUCCUACUUAAAUCUGGGGAAUAGAUACUCUUUGUUUGUUAUGUGGAGAAAAGAUGCUCUUUCUCUAAGGAAUUGUUUGGAAUUAGAUUCUUGAAAGAUAUGUUGUCAUAAAGUGUGUUGGUACUAUUGAUAACAAAAC